CCAUUCUGUUUUGUUUUUAAAUGACUACUCCUAGUCACUUCAUUUUUCACCUGCCACAAGAUGUCAUGUCUUUCUCGUAACAGGCUGGCCUGAUCAGAGAUCGGUUUUUGUCGGACUCCCGGCCUGCCACUUGCGUUUGUCCACACAGAGAGCAACAGUGGCUUUAAAUUGCUAAUGAGUAUGUUAAGCGCAGGUUUUCUUUAUUCGUGUGGAGAAAUGACUUCUUCAGAAGUCUGGAAAAAAAUACUUUUAGGGACUCAGUAACUCGCCAGCAACGGUCGAAAAAUAAUUUGCAGAAAGCAUACAAAGAACUACAGUGGUGUUGGAGCGGAGCCACUUAGUCGCGCUUAUUAGAUCAUACGGACCGGCAGUGGAUAUGUCCCACCCCAUCCCUAAGGAGGGCGUCGAAGUGUGAGACUGCAGAAAAAAUAGCUCACUUGACCUGCUGCGCGGCACAGAACCAUAGCGGAAACGCGUUGUCUAGAGUGAUCUUAGGGUCUGCGGUAUCACCACCGCACACCACCGUUGAGAUCGUACGUUGUUAAUGGAAAAUCUGAAACUUUGGGGGAACCUUCGAUCCCUCUAUCCCUGGAUGUGUGAUUCUAGCACUGCACGUAACUGCAAGUGUGAUUAAAGUGUACAUUGCGAGCCCUUCACGAGGAUGGAAAGAGUGAAACUGUGCACCCUCUCUACUCUUAUAAUUUUGUUACAGAGUCCCAGCACUCUCCAAGUCACUGUGAGCAGCAAUAUGCCCAGAGUUGAGGUCCCUGAGAAUGCAGAUGCUGUCCUGUCCUGUGUAUUUAGGACAGAGAGAGACAACAACCCUCGCAUCGAGUGGAAGAAGAAGGAUAAGGAUGUGUCCUUUGUCUACUUUGAUGGAAAGUUUAGAGGUGACUUUCAUGGUCGUGCGGAGAUCGAAGGGGCAACAGUGACCCUGAAGAAGGUGACCCAGAAAGACACAGGGGAGUACCGCUGUGAGAUCAGUGCUCCUCUGGACACAGUCACCCUGGGUGAGACCAAUGUCACCCUCAAAGUGCUGGUGCCCCCCCACACCCCCUCAUGUGAGAUACCCAGUUCUGCCCUGACGGGAAGUGUCGUGGAACUGCGUUGUAAUGAUAAACAGAGCGUCCCUCCUGCAAGCUACAGAUGGUACAAGGACAACGCACUGCUGACCCUCUCCCACAAGACCAAUGUCACUUACUCCCUGAACACCAUCACUGGCACACUGCGAUUUGACACUGUCUCCCGGGCCGACACGGGACAGUACCACUGCGAGGCCUUCAAUGGGCUAGGGUCCAAGAGCUGCGUGGGAAAGCACAUGCAGAUCGAUGACGUGAACAUACCAGCGAUCAUUGCUGCAGCUGUGGCAGUCAUCAUCCUCAUCUCUGUGUGCUUCCUGGGGGUCUGCUAUGCCCAUCGUCAUGGCUACUUCAGCAAAGGACACAGGGGAAGGUCCUUCUGGAUACCACAAUGUCAUGGCACCGCCCACAUCAGCAGCCAGAACCUGCACAGAGCAGACGACAUCAAUAGCUCAAACUACAACACCCCUCUACACGAUGACUUCAAACAUACCCAGUCCUUCAUGUUGUGAGGACGCACCAGACUACUGCCUUGUUAAUAUCCCAGCAGAAACACUGGACUGCACACAGCCAUCCACCAUGGGACUGACUUUAAUCAAGAUUGGGAGAUGAGAUACAGCAAUGUCUGCCAAAGACAGGUGGCAGGGAGAGAGAUUUCGCUAUAAACCUCCACUUUCCCUGCUCUGCUGUUCAGAAACAUUGCACCUCAACACUGCUGCCCAUUAACCCCCUCUACUGACCAAAUCAUGAAAUCUGCAUUCAGACUGUUCACCAGCUGUUUUCAUCAAUCCUGGGGGAAGAAAAACCAAACCUACAAGACCAGUGUUCCUUUCAAGCUUGGCUUCCUGCAUCUUCACUGAGUUUACAAAUGGAGAAGACACCUGAUGAAAUAAUAUACAACAAAAUGUUUUUGACUCAAAGUGACAAAAAAGAGCCCUGCCCUGCUUCACUUUAGUCUAUCCUCUUAACCGAUGUUACCACACCCAGAUUACCAAGAAGGUAAUGAAAUUUUGAGAUAUUUUGUAAACCUCCUUUUGUGAGUGCUUUUAUAUUUUACAUUCUUGCUUUCUCAACUGCUUUAGUCACUAUAAGAAUGAACUGGAAUGGAAUUGGUUGUUUCAAUUUGAGCCCAUGAAUUAAUUGAAAUGG